AUGUCAGAUACCAUUCUGUACAGCUUUUUUGGAAAGUCGGGACCAAUUCCGAAUGUUAAGGUUGAAAAGUCAUCUGUUCAUCCUGUGAAACCUCAGACACGAGGACAAGCUCAUGAACCGGCAGUUCCCCAGAGGUUAAUGCCCCAUCGUCAGUCACGUUCUACUGUCAAUCUGAAGUAUGACCUCUCAGAUUUUUAUCUUGGAGACUGUAAAGAUGACUCUGGCUUGUAUGAUGUUACUCUCAAUGCGAACAGGCACUACCAACCUCAACAUGUUCCAAAUAUUUCUCUAAUGAGCAAGUUAACCCGUGAAUCAAUCGUUGGCCACCCACUUAAUGUUGACGUUUUAGAAGACGGCAUGGUUAUUGAAAAGAGGGGACAUGGACGGCCACACACUAAGAAUGUCAUGCCGCAGAGCCUGGUCCCACCAGUGAAAUCACCAAAAUUGAAGAAGCGCAGGGGUUCUUCGAAAACAUACCAGUUCAACGGAGCCAGAGGAGAUCCCAAUGAUCAACGUGCUCGCCAACCCAGUUGUAGCUUGCAUCCCGCUGAAGGUGGUGUUUAG